AUGUCGACGCCUACCGACGCACCCGUUGCCGACCAGGUUGUCGCAUCCGGAUCUGGUGAAGCAGGCGCUAAGAGCAACGGCUUGCAUAGCAACAAAUCAGGAUGGGACGGCAAGCUGCGCCUGGACAAGAACAAAAAGGCCGUCCUGGCGAACCCAGAGGCUCUGUCGGAUCCUGAAUACUCUGACGAAGACGCCCCUCCGGUUGAUCAGAUCGAAGCAGAUGAAGACUUGCUCGAAGAUGAGGAUCCCGAGACCGAGGAAAUAGACGUCCAGCACAGUCGCGUCUCUUCGAUACCUGCGCUCCGUCUCGAGCGCUUCAACAAGGUCAUUAAACUGUGUUUACGCCAGAACUCCAUUUCCUCGAUCGAGCUUCCCGAAUCCCUUGCCACUACCCUCCAAGAUCUCGAGCUAUACGACAACCUGAUCUCGCACAUCAAAGGUCUCGAUUCCUUCAUUGAGCUGCGCAGCUUGGACCUGAGUUACAACAAGAUCAAACACAUCAAGCGCGUCGACCACUUGAAGAAACUGGAUCAUCUCUACUUUGUCCAGAACAAGAUUUCUCGCAUCGAGGGCUUGGAUGGUCUCUCGAAUCUUACCUACCUGGAGCUGGGAGCCAACAGAAUCAGGGAAAUCUCUGGCUUGGACACUCUGACCAAUCUCGACUCGCUAUGGCUUGGUCAAAACAAGAUCACCGAGCUCAAGGGGCUCUCCACUCUCACUAAAUUAAAGACCCUCUCUAUUCAAGCAAACAGAAUCACAUCAUUGGAAGGGCUUAAAGAGCUGCCUCAACUCGAGGAGCUGUACAUCUCGGAUAACUUGCUGACCUCACUUGAGCCUCUUUCCUACGCUCCCAACAUCCGGAUUCUAGACGUUCAGAACAACCCCAUCACUUCGCUGCGUGGUGUCUCAGCACUUGUCCAUAUCGAAAAUCUCUGGGCAACAAGCUGCAAGCUGGAUCGAUUCGACGAGCUGGAGAAAGAGCUCGGCGACAAGAAGGAGCUCUCAGAAGUCUAUUUUGAGGGCAACCCUCUACAAAAGUCUAAUCCUGUUCUAUAUCGUAACAAGGUCCGCUUAGCUUUGCCUCAGGUUUCGAAGAUUGAUGCCACCUAUGUGAGAGUCUGA